AUGUCUGGCUACGAUCCCUACAACCAAGGUCAAUACGGCCACGGCGGCUACCAGCAGGGCGGCUACGGUGGUCAAGGCUACGGCCAGGGUGGCUACCCCCCUCAGCAAGGUUACGGCCAGCACCAGGGUCAGGGCUAUGGUCACCAGCAGUACGGCCAUGGUGACCACUACAGCCAGCAGCACCACCAACAGGGCGGCUACUACGGCCAGCAACAGCCCCACGACCAGUACCAGCAGCACCAGCAGCACGGAUCCCACGAACAAGCUCCCGACGGCGCCCAGGACGGUGAGCGUGGUCUCGCAGGUGCUCUUGCAGGCGGUGCUGCGGGUGGUUUCGCUGGUCACAAGGCCAACCACGGUUUCCUCGGAACAAUCGGUGGUGCCAUCAUGGGCAGUAUCGCUGAAGACGCUCUCAAGAAGCACAAGAACAAGGAUGAGGGCCAGCAACACCCUCCGGGCUACGGCCCCCCUUCGCAGUACGGUGGUUCCUCGCACGGUGGUUCUGGCAUGAUGGACCAGCUGGGCGGUUUCUUCAAGAAAUAG